CCUCCAUUCCCGCAGAACCCAUUGAGCGAUAAUGCUGAGCCCCUACGUGUGCCGCCAAUGUAGGGCUCGACUUCUACCACAGAUAAGAUCCUCCCGGAGCCUACAGUGGCAGCCCAGGGCCACGUUUAUAUCUCUGCGCAAGAUAUUCCCUCGAGCGCCUGAACCGCCGAAACCCGAUACUACCGACGACCAUAUAGCGGCACAGGAAAAGCUACGAAAACCUGAAAUACCGGUGAUACGAGAUUCACCAGGCGCUCGCGGACGUAGCCGAUAUGCGAAAUAUGCGCCUCGAGAGGUGCUGUCUACAGGGAUUGGGCAGCAAGAAGAUGUGGCCGACCAAAACCCAGGCGAUGUGGGUGCACAGAAAAGCACGCGUAUGCCAUCGAGGCGAAGCUCGAAGGAAGCGGAAGGUACUCUCGCUGUUGCGCGCGCCUUGAGCCUUGACGAUCUGGAGAAAGCAUGGCGGGAGUUCAAUGCUCUCUACCCAUCGAAGUCUCGCAAGACUAAAAUGGACGCUGAACUGGACAAAGCGAAUUUAUGGGGUGGCGGAAGGAUCUUCAAGAAGCUACUUGAAAGCAUCGUCCGCAGUUUUUGUAAGGGUGCGCCAGUUCCGGCAACGCCUACGCAGGUCCUGUUCAGGUUCGAACAAUUGGACCUCUUCGCGUUUGCAUCUGAAAACCUCAGACACCCGGAAUAUUCGAACAGGCUUCGAUUCGCAUAUAACGAUGUGAUACGGGACCUCACGGACGAAAUACUGGCCAAACUAUCGCGUACCCGUACCGGCGGCCCAAACUUGGAUGGCUUGGUGACGGAGCUCCUUUCCGUUUUUCGCCUCAUGUUUCAAGCGGCAGGCCGAAAAAAGCAUUCCUUGGAUGACCUUGUCGGCGACUGGCGCCUCCUCCCUAAACCUGCAGAAGUAAGGCCGCGUGGCAGCAGUAUUGUGGGCCGCCUACACGAGUUUUUCAUAGUGCAAAUCAGUCCAACGAUGGCAUUUGCGGCACUCACUUUAUUCAGCCUUCAAAAUGGCGGGUACGGGAAAGUAAAUCUCAGCCGUUCCGUACGAGAGGAGGGCGCACCCUUUGCUGAGUUCGUGGCGUGCCUUUUGCCCUACUCACAGGUGGACGUCGUCUUGCAGCACCUGCACUACCUUCACAGUUAUGAUGAGUUCCCGGAGGAAUUUCUCUUGAGAAUAGUAAAAUGCGUCAAAUCAGCACCUGCUGAGGCUGCUUCGUUAUUGAGCUCGAGAGAACAAGCAGAGAAGGCCACCCGGAGAGAGUCAGAGGACCCCAUAUCCGAGUCCGACGCAGCCAUCGCCGUGGAGCAAUCCUUACUCAAGCGGAUUGCGCGGGCCGUUCAGGAGCAGACGCACAAGGAGCGGCUUGAGCGGCUCUGGGGUGAGACGAUCAGAACAUAUACCACGACGAACAAUAAAGUGGCGAUUCCGACUACUAUCUACAACGCGUUCCUGACCGGCUUCCUGGCACUAUAUGCAGGUGAUAGGUCGAUAGCCGUCUGGAACCACAUGAUCGCGAAUGGAGUUACUCCUGAUGUGAAAUCCUGGACGGCGAUGCUUUCGGGAUGCGAAAAAGGUCGCGACCUCAUCGGCCUGAGAUCCACAUGGAAUAGGAUGAUUCGAUCGGGCACGCAGCCGGAUGUCUUCGCUUGGACUGCCUUCAUUCACGGGUUGAUGUCCCUUCGGCAACUCAAUGCUGGUUUCGCUGCCAUGGAUGAAAUGGGAAGGCAAUGGCUUGCGGCACAGGAAGCGGAGAAAAGGGCUCCUGCAUCGGGGGCGAAGGAGGUAUCUGCUCUUACUCCUGAUAACAAACCCCCGAAACCCUCUACUGAGAUCAUCAACGGUGCCGCCUCUGCCAUUGCAAGAAUCCCGCCAAGGUCCUUGUCCUUCGAGCGGAAGCUACGGGCACUGCAGGAGAUCCUCACAUGGGCCAAGAACUUCUCAAUUCGGCCGGAUGUUCGUACCUACAAUAUCAUGAUACAACUCAACAUCACCGGCAGGGCUUGGCCUACGGUGCACACACUCCUCCAACAGAUGGAGGCCGAUGGUAUCGAGCCCGACGUAGCGACAUAUACCAUGCUAGUCAGCGCAGCAUUCGAGAACGAACAGUUCAGUAGCCUCUCGGAAGCCGAGCAAACGGAGCAAGUAUCCACCAUUCUCUCCGGCCUCGAAGGUCAGGGUCUCAAGCUAAACUCUUACAUCUACUCCGCUACCAUUGACCGACUCAUCAAGGGAUAUAGCAAUUACUCUGCCGUACGAGCCGUCGUGGAUCACAUGCUUGCACGUAACUGGAUCCCUAGCCCGCACAUCUACACCUCCCUCAUUACGCAUUACUUCCGGCAGUCUCCGCCGGAUAUCCAAUCAGUCGAUGAGCUCUGGUUCCAGAUUAUGAAGACGCCCGGCACGCCUACCGACAAAGUUCUAUUCGACCGCGUUAUCGAGGGCUAUGCGUCUGUGGGCGAAAUCGGCAAGAUGAUGGCCGUUCUCACGACGAUGUCGAUGCACGGCAAGCUGCCUGGUUGGGUUGCCCUGACCGCCGUUGUCCGCGCCCUUGCUGAUGCAGGGGAUUGGGAACGGGCGCGGAGCGUGGUUCGAGACGUGCAGCAUGGCGAGGGUGUCGCUAAGGGGGGCAUAACGGGUGGUAGUUAUGGGCAGGAUCAUUUCUGGCAUGUCGUCCACAAGCUUGGUGUCAUGGACGUGGAUGCUGAGUUUAAGCAAGGAGUGGUACCAGACUCCCUGGAGGCUCCUGUCGGCGAGUCGCGAUUUGAAGGGAGGUUGGAAGAGGAAGGGUUAGGGAGGAAUGGGCAAUCUCGGCAGGCGAAGCAGGUGGAAGGCGAGCAGCUGGACGAGAGCGGCGUUAUUGGUGGUGUGCCAUUGUAACGCACGGGCUGUUUCAAAGCCGUUGUGAAAACUUCCCAAGUAGGUUCUCUCAGAUGCACAAGACGGGCUUGGUGGGUUGCAAUGUUUGGGUCUGAUACUAUCUGUUGUACGAUAGCUCACCGUGUCAAGAGCGUCUAGCCUCAACCUUUCACAUGUAGAUAAUUCGCAGAGUAAUUCUUACAGGCGUUCACCU